AUGAUCACCGAACGUCUCCUUCCAUUCCCUAACUCCGUACGCCAUCGCAGCUACGUCGUUGCACCACGAACAUCCUAUGAGCAGCAGUCCUGCAGCAAGUCAGAGCAGCCCAACCAAGGAAGCAAAGACCUCUGCGUCGACUGUGUAUCGCCUCCGAAGACAGCAGACAUUGAGGAGUACUUCCGGCUAUUCGGCGAUCCAAUCGAGCACAACUCCCUCUGCAAGAAUUAUAAGCAGAACCCAGACGCCAAAGCCCAGUUAGACCGAACUCCCAGUAACGACGUGGAAGUGAGGGAGCCUACCCCUAAGAAGCGCGGCCCUGGACGCCCAUCCGCAAAGAAGCGCAGCAAGAGAGCAAAGGCCGAGGUCAAGAAGGAGCAAGGAGAGGUAUUGCAGAGUUUCGAAGCCGAGAUUGUGGAGAAGACGCAUCAUACCGCCGAAAAAAUCCUCAAUGCGAACAAGCAGCUGUCUCAUGAUCUACAUCCGCGGCAAAUACAACUCUCUCGCAACUGGGUAGACGGCUCGGAGUCUUUCCAAGGACUCCUCCUCGCUGCACACUCCGCAGAAAACCUCUCCACCACACUCCAAACCUUCGUUUCAAGACGGGGCACACAUCUCAGCAGCGCGCAAAGAAUCGGGAUAGAGCGCUACCGAGACGAGAGGAGAAAUGGACGAUUCGGACACAUUGGACCGCCAGAAGAUGAGGAGGCGAUGGGAAGGUACUACGAGUUCUUCAACGACAUUUUCUUCUGCGGCUCUCUCGGGGGCUUAUGCGUGGUUAAGUUCUACCGAGAGGUGGAGCAGAGUGGACACGGGACUGACGGGUUUGACGACCUGGGAUUAGCCAUCACACCCGUGACUGGCAGGACUCACAGAGAGGAAAUCCCAGAUGGGUAUGCGGCGCUCAUCAAGAUCAAAGAUCGAGCAAAUAACUCGCCGUUAUUGAGUGAGGAAGCGAGAUUACAGUGCUAUUUGAGUACGCUGCUGCAUGAGAUGCUCCAUGUGUAUUUUGGGGUUUAUGAGUGUUUGUGUGGGGAAGAGUGUAGGAGGAGCCAUGCUGACGAGAUUGGGAUGCAUGGACAUGGGAAGAGUUGGCAGUUUGCUGCAUUGGCUCUUGAGGAGGCAACUUUGCCGUUGUUGGGAGAAAGCUUGGACCUUUCGAGAAGGAUCAGCUUUAAAUAUGAUGCGCUAUAUGUGAAAACGGUGGAUGCGGAGACGCGAGCUAGGUUUAACUUUCGAGAAUGA